UGCAUCCGUCUUUCAUCAAUAUAGUGACAUCCACACCGCUUCCAUGUCAGAAAAGGAAUUUACGACGAUUGCCUGCGUUCUCCGUAGAAACAAGUGCUGUAGAAAAAGAAGAAAUGAAGCAGAUUCAAUCGAACGAAGCAAUAGACGAAGAAGGGUUGUCUUAUCUAUCAAGGAAACAGAAUAGUACGCUAGAGUUGCGUUCGAACCAUCAUGGUCAUGCUUCAGUUUCGCACAGCGCUAUGUCAUUAAAGUAUCCCGGUUAUGCAAAGAUUGGUAGUGUUCAAAUACAUGAGUCAUUCAUUGAUACCACUAUGCAACCGUCUUUCCACGAUAUUAUAACAUCCACACCUCUUCCUUGUCAUAAGAUCAGGUCACGACAAACUCAAUUACCGGCGUUCUGCGUAAAAAAUAUUGCUACAGGAAAGGCGGUACACAACCCAAUGAAACUAAAGGAAGGGAUAUUCGAUGAGAAAUAUGUUUCCGAAGAAGAAUUGUUCAGCAGCGACGAUGAAGAUCCGGAUUGGAAAUUUGAGAAUGAUUCAGACAAUUUAACAGAUGAAAGCGAAGACGAAGUUCCGGCCUUGAACGAUCUAUCUAUAUAUGAGUAUUUCCAAAAGUAUAGAACUGUAGAUGAGAUUGAUUCAGAUGUCCCUGCUUCAGAUGAAUGCUUAGCAAAGAUGUCCUCCAUACAGACUGUGAAUUCGGCUUGCGAAUCUGAACCAGGUGCAAUCUCAACACGCCACGAUUAUGCUAAAAGGCUUCUCCUAUAGUUAAUAUUAGCAUACAAGCUGUAGACGAAAUGGAUGAACAAGAAGAAAAAAGAGAAAGGUUUGCAGUAUACCCGUCCAGAUGGAGUUACUAUGGCAGCACGACAAAUAAGGCC